GAAAUUCUACCAUUAUUCGAGUUUUAACUUUAUGAGCUGUAAUAGCCAGGUGUAUACCAAAAUGUCGGAGAUGUUUCCUUUGUUUAUGGUAUUAGUUGGUUUUUGUUUUGUUUCCCAUGCUGAGGGCUGGGUGUUUAACGAAGGAAUGGUCACUAAUGCAAAAAACGACAAAAAAAUGACUCAUCUUAAGGAUUUGAAAAUUUCUUUCAUUUAUCCAGGAACAAAAUGGUGUGGUACUGGCGAUACCGCUAGUGGGUAUGACGAUCUUGGCAAAGAAGUGGAAGCUGAUAAGUGCUGCCGUGACCACGACUUCUGCCCAGAUGUUAUCACCGCUGGCGAAACGAAAUACAAUUUGACUAAUACAGCAUAUUAUUCUCGUCUGGCGUGCUCUUGUGACGAGAAAUUUCUGAAAUGCUUGGAAGCAGCGAACACCAAAAGUUCUAAUUCCAUUGGAAACGUUUAUUUCAAUGUGCUGGGCACUAAAUGCUACAAAAAAGACUAUCCAAUCACCGGCUGUUUGGAGCAUGGAGGCUGGUGGAAUGGAAGGUGUGUGGAAUACGAGUUUGAUAAAAAUGGAACUCAGCGGUACCAAUGGUUUGAUGUACCUGCUUACACCUAAAUAACCUACGUUAACAAAUUUUUUUACGAUUUUCCAAGUAUUUUAUUUAUUUUUAUUAUAGAUUUUCAAAUAA